GCGUGCUCAUGACUCCUUCCACUGUAUAACGGCCUGACACCCCUGCAGUCAGAUCGCCGACAAUAUUCCAAAAAUCGCGUCAAUAUCGCGGAAUGUUUGCUUGCUGUAGACAACCUGUCUCCGGCCUUAGCUGGUGUCCCGGAGGCCUGGUGCUUUGUGCGUGAGCCAGGAUGACCCCGAUGCUGGGCAGCGCGACGGGGCACAACCUCCGUGAGCUCGACUGAAGUCGCGGAUCGGCUCGGAGGACAGCAGCAUGUCCGUGCGGCCGCUGGACGAGGUGUGGGAGGUGCGGGGUUUGCCAGUCAUCGGUGAUCCAGGUCGAGAGGCACUAGUGCCUGACACAGAGGAGGAGGAGGACGCGGACGGUGGAGCUGUGGGAAGAGUCGCCAUCGUCAGAAAAGAAAGGUUCGUGCGUCUGGAGCAGGAGCGGCGCCGGGAGAUGCAUGCGGUCGAAGCCAGGAUCGAACAGGCGGCCGUGGACGAGGCGCAUCGCCUGGACACACUGCUCAGCUACGUAGAGGACGACAUCACCAGCUGGAGGAGCAGGAUCGAGCCGUACCACUUCAACACGUACUCGGCGGCUGAUUUUGCGACCUUGAUGGACGACCUGCACGAGAUCUACCGGGUUCGUCACGAAAUCAUUGCUGAAUGCAUCAGCAGACAGAUGUCCCUGGAGGCGGAACGCACCGCCCACCUGCGGAACGUGUUUCGAAAGUACCAUCCGCUUCUGACCAGGGCAUUCCACAAGAUGCCCGCUGAGGUGGAAGAGCAGCUGGAGCUGGAGGCCGUGGCCAUUGACGAGGUGAUCCUGAACAAUCUGCGCCAGUACUCGGAAAUCAGGUUCAACCGCCUGACGAACGAGGUGCAGGCCAAGAAGAAGCUGAAGGACUUGUGGACAGCGCGGCGAGACGCCUGGCGCACGCUCAACAUCACUCAGGCCCAGAAGCGUCUGGCUCGCUACCUGGAGGCUACCGCAGUGGAGGCGCUGGUGGAGGCGCCGCUCACUGAGCUCGAGGCCGAGAUGGACGCCGUCUGGCAGCACUACCAGGACCACAUCACCGGGCUGCCAGAUCUGUUCCUGAAGCAGGUCACCGACGAGUCUCUCGAUCACUGGCAGGACCAGGCGUACGAAAUCCUAAACGCCAUGAGUGCCAUGUUCACCACGCACUGCAAAAGCUAUCGCAAAUUGUACCUAGAUCUGGAGAACGCGUGGUACGAACAGCUGGACCAGGUUGGCGAUGAUCUGGUUAGCAGGGAGGUGACUGAUGGCGACACCUGGGAAACUCUGGCGGACGGGCACACCUCCGUCAUGUUCGGACCCAUCCGUAAGAAGGUGGAGGAUAACAUGCGGAAAUCGGAGAGAUGCUGGGAGGCAGUGGUCAAGACGGCGCCGGGCCAAGUGGACCACCUGUACAACUACAUCGCCUCCUCCUGUGAGGUGUUCUCUCUGCAUCUGGGCGAGCGCGAGCGGUACGCCAAAAAGCUGGAGCUUCAGCUACAGGCGGUGGACACUCAGCAGGCCGGCAAGGAGGCGCAGCUAGAGCAGAAGAUCAACAAGGCCGUCAUCAGCAUGCUGGAGGAGUCCAAAGUGAACAAGGUGCACCAGAUCCAGCAGACGCUGGCGCGCACCAUGCAGGGAUUCCUGCCCACUUACGAGCAGUUCCAGGAGCGGCGCCUGCUGCUUCUGCUCGCCUACAGUGAGAGGCUCGAGGCCGAGACAAGCCUGGCGCUGGCCAACGUAUCCGAGAAGCUGGAGGGCACGGUGACGUCGGCCGAGCCGCCGCCGGAGGAGCCCCCCGGGGGCUGCCACCGGCUGCUGGCCCCCUGUCGCCGGGUUCUUCUUGCGCCUGAAACCCUGGCCGAGCUGCAGUCCCUGUCCGCGGCUAACAUCCACUGGUUUCUCUCGUGGGAGCGGCGCAGACUGGAACAGGACCUGGGGGACUUCUUGCUGGACAAGCUGAAGGCCAUGAAGGCCGUGUUUAACAGAAAGGCUGAGGAGCUGUCGCUCAGGGUGUCCGAGAUUGAGACGACAGUACACGACCGUCGCUCGUCUGAGAUUCAGCUGCACCAGCAGCGAGUGGACAGCCACUGCCGAUCCGUCAGUGAGCAGCUCGCGGAUCUACAGUCGCUCCUGAGUGCCGAGCUGGAGUGCAUGCAGGAGCGGCUGGCCGAGGACCGCGCCUGGAUGACGCAGCACGAGGCACGCUCGCGCUCGGCCACGCGCAGCUACGUCCUGGAGAUGAUGCUGACGCAGAUGACGCAGCGCGAGACGCGCUUCGUCGAGUAUCUGGUGGAGCGGUCGGGCGUCUUCCGGCAGCGCGUGACUGCGUUUAGCGCCGACCUGAUCGCCAGCACGGAGGCGUUCCUGGAUCAGCUGAUCCCGCAGGCCGACCCGACGGAGACCGUGGAGACAGCCAAGCACAAAUCGGCCAAGUCGCAGAAACGCAGUCGGCGUGAAAACGAGAAGAAGAAGCCAUUGCUUUCAAAAAUGGAAGAUCCCGAGGUGCGGAUGAUGAUAUUUGGGGAUGUUGAGGACCCGGAUGACUCCAACAAUUUUAUCCAGAAGAUCAAACGGAAGAUCCUCACUGUGCUGGAGGAGACAAAGACUACGGCGGUCGGCUUCUAUGCCAUGAAGGGCAGUCGGGCGGUCACUCGUCCGGGCUUCAUCCCGGCCACGUUCGAGGAGUUCCUCGCCCUCGUCUACGCCCGUUUCCAGGUGCACUACGCUCAGAGCGUCGAGUACCAGCUGUCGUGCUUCGCCGAGUUCUGUGACGAGUUCAGCGCGUUCGCGGCGCAGGCGGCGAGCAUCCCGGCGCUGGCCAUCGCCGAGAAGGAGACGUACGUCGGCGAGCUGCACGCACUCGACGGCGAGUGCGGUGUGGCACGUGACGAGCUGUGCCGCGGCUUUGAGCUGAACGCGGCGUACGUGGCGCAGUCGUGCAGUGCCGCGCUGUUUCCGCUGACGGCGGACGCCUGCGCCAAGUGGGAGAAGGCCUGGUUUAGUGGCGUGGAAACGAUCCAGGAGCUGUUCCGCGUGUGUGAGGCGUAA